AUGCCCGACUUUUCGCUCAUCUCUGCACCGUCUCCGCAGGAUCGCCUGGGUGUCAACCAACCGGGGCAUCAGCCGACGGGCGCAGCCGUCGCAGGCGCGGCGGCGACGGUUUUUCACGACGCGGUGAUGACCCCAAUGGACGUCGUCAAGCAGCGCCUGCAGCUGGGCUACCACAAGGGGAUGCUGGACUGCGUGUUGACUAUCCAGCGGACGGAAGGGACGCAGGCGUUUUAUCGAAGUUUCCCGACGACGUUGUUCAUGAACAUCCCGUACGGGUGCGUCAUGGUUGCCGUGAACGAGAGCCUGAAGCAUGUCAUGCGUCCCGCGGGUGACUACGACACAAAGACCUUCCUCCUUGCCGGGAGCGGCGCCGGUGCCGUCGCUGCGGUGGCGACGAACCCCCUCGACGUCGUCAAGACGCGCUUGCAGACGCAAGCGUUCCGGGGGGCAGCAGCGCCGCUAGCAGCGCGCUCGGAAGGCUUCGCAGCGCCUAAGGAAGGGGCAACGGGGACGGGACUGCACAGCGCGGCGGCUAGGUGUGCGACCGGGCGGUGCGGCGCGGACAAGCCUGUAGUGACACUGCAGUACCAGGGGCUGGUUGACGCGGUGCGGCAAAUCCACGCUACAGAGGGUGCCGCUGGAUUUUUCCGCGGAGCCUUGCCACGGUUACUGGUGCACAUGCCCUCGGUAGCCAUCUCGUGGACGACGUACGAGACGGUCAAGGUCUGGCUGUCGGAAGGGGCUUCUCGGGGGGGACGCUAGAUACUACAUGGAGUUUUUUCCGGGAGCACGCGUGCCUGCUGUCGUCUUUUGAGGGCUUUAAGGCUGUAGGGCCAUUCCAAGAGAGAAAAUAAACGAAGGCCAUCCGGCGGGGGGAGCAUGGAGCGUAGCUUGUUUAGUCUGCCAGUGUCGAGAUUUGAGCGAUGUUUUUUGAGUGAAGUGCUCAUGGCGACGCCCGAUUUCUGCGCACGGGCAGACCGGUUGUCCAUUUCCACGAAGGAAAAGCGCAGGUUUGUCAGGGAUACUGGCUUCUUCGUAGGGAAUCACGCAUCCAGCGUUGAGCGCAGCACGCUGGAGGUUUGCGGGAAAAAAAAUUCAUGAUGUUUCGCCUUCAUGUUUUUUAUUUAUCAGAUUUGAGUUUUUUGUGUGUGUGCGGUGUUGUUUGUUGGUGCUGCGGAGUCGGGUAAGAGGUGUCGCUCGCUUGGGCGGCGACAUUUCCUGUAUCCCUCGUUAUCCUCGCGGCACAGGACGACAACAUCGUUCAGGAAGUCAUGGUGCGCGGCUACUGCUGUUUCUAUUUGGGUCUUACAAUGUUUGGGGAAAGAAGGAAAAAGGGUGUCCUAUUUCUGUUCCGAUUUUGACAUGAAAUGUGCGAAAUAGAUACCGAACUGGUUCGGCUCUUUACUCCGUGUGCAGUAGGCGGUUUCUUGGUGAUUCCUUCGCAAGCGCCGGAGGAGAGCUGUAGUGUUUUUUGCACUUUGUGUAAGGGUGAGCGUCGCCGGUGUGAAGUUCGCCAAAUUUGUUUUUCUGUGGGAGGUUGGCCGCGGAUGCUUGUGGAUGCGCGACGGUUUCGCUGCUUGGCAGCUGCUGCGGAGGUAUCGAUUGGUGCCUUGCUAUGAGGGCACAACCUGGUUUUGUUUUUGUGCUACCGUGAGAUGAAAAAUUAUUUGACGGUGUCGCUAGCAGAACGAUGUGUGCGCCUAGUUUGAGCCCCAUAUUUUGGGAGGCGUUUAAUUGUGGCGCGCAACGUCGAAGAGGAGGAGGGUGGGGCUGACAGAGAGGUUGAAAUUCGGUACCAUUGGUAUAUACUCAUAGGGGGAGCUGGAUAGGCCGGGGUAAGUCUACUUGCGAUGGAUACGCUAAACCAACAUGUUUCAGACCGCGGAGGCGGCUCGCUGCUUUGCGGUCUUGUUUGUGAUGUGGGUGGCAUAGCGUCAACGAAAACACUCCAAACAAAGUGUUGUGAGUAACGCUGUUGGUGGGCAGCUACCUUUCCAUAUUCAAAGCAGGCGCGUUUGUUCACUCGAAAACGGCGAUAUCUCGUGUUACCACUGCGAAAACUUUUGUUUGUAUGCAUACAUGGGGUAAGUCUUCGACAAGUGGCCCCCUCACCACUCUAGUCGAACCGACUUCGAUACCGGUAAUUUCGUCCUUUUCGACUUCGAUACCGGUGAUUUCGUCCUUUUUUUCUACCACCAGAACCAGGCAAUUCGCCCGCACCGCUCGCACAAUGCGUCACCUUGUGCCACAUCCGGCCAACUCCAUGCUUCAGGUCAACAGCAUCGUUACACCACACUCGAAAAAACGAAGAAAGCUCCACACUCGAACAAAGCUCCGUGCUGCAGGUCAACAGCGCCGUUGCACUUUUUCACUUAAAAAACAUUAGUCUGGUGUUCCAGACAAAACCCGGAUCGCUUUUCCAGCCAAUCCAUGUGAUGGGAGCGAGCCACUCCCAUCCUCGCGAACAGCGAAACAGCUUCCUUCGUUCACAACUCCAACAAAAAUACAAGAUUUACGUCACAUCGAAAAUCAGCAGGGGGCGUACGCACACAAUUUAAGUUUUUACUCAGUCUGUUCCCCGAGAGGUGAGAGCUCGAAAAACAGGGCUCGCUGGUUUCGACCAUUCGCAACAGGAGUAGCCCUGAUAUCCUCCUUACCUUGUGGCUCGUUACACACCGCGCUGCAGCCAACAACGCACACACGAUUUUCGUACUGUAGACGAGAACGACUCGCCUACUGUACGAGG